GCCCCCGGCUGGCGCUAUGAUGCUACUGCAUGCCUAGGACCUGGCUCUUUGUAUAGCCAUAAUCUGUAUAUGACAAGUUUACAGAGGGACACCAGGCUGAGCUCCUGGCAGAGCACACUAUGUGGGGGGACAGCCGGGGUGCUGAGCCGCAGUGCCACUGCUCCCCUGGAUGUGGUGAAGGUACUCACCCAAGUGGGCACUUUCCACUCCAAGCAAGGCUUUCUGAGCACGUUCCGGGUGCUGUACAAGUCGGAGGGGCUGAGAGCUUUCUGGAAGGGUAACCUAACAGCAUGUGUGCGCCUGUUCCCUUACAGCGCGGUGCAACUAUCAGCCUACCACAGGUUAACAAUGCUGUUUAUGGAUGACUUAGGGCAGAUCUCACAAUGGGAAGUCAUUGCUGCCGGGAGCAUUUCAGGGAUGUUGGCAGCAGUUCUAAUCUAUCCCACCGAUGUCGUCAAGACUCGUCUUAUUGUGCAGAACAGCAUGGAGCCCACAUACAGAGGGAUCGUUCAUACUUUGUAUUCUGUGUACUACCAGGAAGGAUUCCGGGCCUUGUAUCGAGGGGUUUCACUUUCAAUUCUUGGAGCUGUUCCAUUCUCAGCGGGUCUGUUCGUUAUGGACGUGAACUUGGAUAGAAUCUGGCAGGAUCCUGGGGUCCGUUUAUCUCCCCUCCAGCACUUUGUAAAGGGAUGCCUAGCUGCAGGAGUCGCACAAACAUUGUCAUUUCCCUUUGAGACUGUCAAAAGAAAAAUGCAGGCGCAAAACCAGGUCCUGCCUCAUUGUGGGGGAGUAGAUGUCCACUUUAAUGGAGUGCUUGAUUGCUUUAGACAAAUAGUGAAGACAAAAGGAGUGUUGAGCCUGUGGAAUGGACUGACCGCAAACUUACUCAAGGUUUUUCCCUACUUUGGCAUGAUGUUCAGCACUUUUGAAUGUUGUAAACGGUUCUUCCUAUAUCAGAACGGUUACAUUGUGUCUCCACUGAGCUACCAGCUGAUGCCGGGGGUAGAUCAGAGCCUGGGACCACGGGAAUUGCAGGAGAUGCGCAAGUUUCUAAGACACAAAAACUUUGCAGACAGGAACCCAUCCCUAAAGAGCUGAGGGCGAAGGAGAGGAAAUCUCUACAUCUGCCAAUCUGAUCCUUUGUGAAACAUGUAUGCCCGUGCGAUGGUAAAUGUUUACAAAGGUCCCCUUGAAUUGUUUGCAUAAACAGAGGUAUCCCCUAAGGUGUUUGCCUGCCCAAACUAAGUAUAUUUUUAUUUAUAAGAAGAUAAUCUUGUUAUAUGUUUAAAUGUUUUAAAAGUAGCCAUUGACUGAAAUAUUUAAAUUGCUAUAUUUAGCAUAAUGAAGUACCAUUUGAAUCUGUCUAAGGUAUUGAUGGGCCUAAUUCAGACCUGAUCGUAAAAGCAAAAUCUUUCUCUAAUGGGCAGAACCAUGGGGGUCAUUCCGAGUUGAUCGCUCGUUGCCGAUUUUCGCAACGGAGCGAUUAAGGCUAAAAUGCGCAUGCGCAUGGUACGCAGUGCGCAUGCGCUAAGUAUUUUAACACAAAACUUAGUAAAUUUACUCACGUCCGAACGAAGAAUUUUCAUCGUUGUAGUGAUCGGAGUGUGAUUGACAGGAAGUGGGUGUUUCUGGGCGGAAACUGGCCGUUUUCUGGGAGUGUGCGGAAAAACGCAGGCGUGCCAGGAUAAAACGCAGGAGUGUCUGGAGAAACGGGGGAGUGGCUGGCCGAACGCAGGGCGUGUUUGUGACGUCAAACCAGGAACGAAACGGGCUGAGCUGAUCGCAAUCUGUGAGUAGGUCCGGAGCUACUCAGAAACUGCUAAGAAUUUUCUAUUCGCAAUUCUGCUAAUCUUUCGUUCGCUAUUCUGCUAAACUAAGGUACACUCCCAGAGGGCGGCGGCCUAGCGUGUGCAAUGCUGCUAAAAUCUGCUAGCGAGCGAACAACUCGGAAUGACCCCCUAUGUGCACUGCAUGGGGGGCAAAUAUAACAUGUGCAGAGAGAGUUAGAUUUGGGUGGGUUAUUUUGUUUCUGUGCAGGGUAAAUACUGGCUGCUUUAUUUUUACAUUGCAAUUUAGAUUUCUGUUUGAACACACCCCACCCAAAUCUAAAGGUGCAUACACACGGUGAGAUUUAUCUUUUCGAUCAUAGUCAAACUCGCAAGGAGAUUUAGCACAUAUCGCACCGUGUGUACACAGCUUGCGAUACCGAUGCUCGGUAUCGCAAGUCAAUUUUGACUAUCUAGUACUAAAGUUUAGUCAAAAUCGCACAUCGAUUUUUAGCAAAAAUCGCACAUAGCCAAUAUCACAUAGUCAUAAUCGAAGAUAGCCAAAAUCUCACAGUAUGUAUGUACCUUAACUCUCUCUGCACGUGUUAUAUCUGCCCCACCUGCACUGCACAUGGUUUUGCCCAUUAGAGAAAAUUUAUGCUGUUGCGAUCAGGUCUGAAUUAGGCCCUUUGUACGGUUCUGUACCACAGGUUAACAAUCAAGUUUCUAGAGAACACAAUGUAGGUACUGUAUACUGUAUAUUGAUCCAAUAUAUUUCUGAGGAGGUAACUGUUCUGCCAAUUAAUAUUUGUAUAUUCAAUACCAGUAAAACUGCAUUAUUGAUAAGGAGCGCAACACAUCAUUUAAGGAGUGUCCACCUUUAAAUUUAAGUUUUUCAGAAUGAACUUUGGCAUGUUUGCUACAGUAAUCUGCACUUCCCUCAACUAACAGAACAGCGGGAGACUGAUAUCUGGGACUUCUGCCGUACAAAAUAUGCUAACACCCCAGCCCCCUCCCAAUUCCUUUUCCUCAUACAUCCCCUAUUGUGCCACAUCAGUACUACCUGCGGGGACAAAAAAAAAGUACAUCUGCACCAGCCAUCUAAUUAGUGCCCUCAACUCAAGAUUUAUUAGCUGAAACUCAAAAUUUCCUGUAGCAGAAAAGUGACCUGUUGAUGAGUAAAACAGAAUGUGGGAAUGCAGAAUAGGACCUGCAGCUUACAUCCGUAAGUCAUUAAGGCCUAGCAAUUUAGUAGAAACCAGUGACCGCACUGAAGUAUUUGUUCUUCCUUCAUGUAAUACCCCUUUUCCACUGCAAUCCGAGAAAUUGUCAGUCUAUCGACCUGGCAGUUUCCGGGUCUCAGUUCCUUGAUCCUGGUCGGGAGCAGGGUCAUGGACCCGGGAGUAAGUCCCGGGUACUUGCAUUUACACUGACCAAAAUCCUGGGUUCUGCACAUUCACGUGCAAAAACCUGGGAUUUUUGUAGUCAGUGGAAAAGGGGUAUUAUACCCCUUUCAGACAUGCAGCUAAAUCUCAGGAUUAUGCACUUGAAAGCUCAUCAACCCAGUUUUGCAUGUGUGAAAGGACACAACUUGGGAGUAAGUCCCAGGUCCUUGACCCUGCUCCCGACCAGGGUCAUGGAGCUGAGACUUGGAAAUUUGCAGGCUGCUACACCCGGGAAAUUUCCGGGACACAUGUGGGUAAUAGUGUGGCCUUCAGACGGCCAUUCCUGACAUGAAAUGAUGUGUCCAUGUUCAGUCCAGAAGCAUUGGUUCCCAAACUCAGUUCUCAAGGACCCGCAACAGUUCAUGUUUCCCAGGUGCACAGGUGUAUUCAUUACUCACUGACAACAUUUUAGAAGAUCCACAGGUGGAGCUAAUUAUCUCACUAGUGAUUCUGUGAGGAGACCUGGAAAAUAUGAACUGUUUUUUUAAUUAAAAAAAGAGAGAACAGUAGUGUGUCUAUUUUGGAUAUGGUUAAUAUAUAUAUAUAUAUAUAUAUAUAUAUAUAUAUAUAUCAGACCCUCCAACAUGACCCGCCCCACUAGGUACAAAGUGUUCUGUUUCUGGACUUCCCUCUUAAUUUAUGAUUGCCCUCACCUGUGUUGAACAGGUUAAUGGAUUAGCAAGGUGUUUCAGCACAGGUGAUGGCAAUCAUAGAUUAAGAGGGAAGUCCAGGAGCAGAGCAAUCUGUCCCUCCUGGAGAGGGUCAUGUUGGGAGGUAUGAUAUAUAUGUGAUGAAACACCUUUGAUUUGGGAUAAAUGCAGCAUUAACUCCUAUUUCAUCUAUAUGUGGUAUGCUUUUCAUAUGUUUAGGAGGUGUGAAAAACUCCAGAGAAGCAGAUUGAUGUGUACGAGGCUUUAUACAGCAUACCUCCCAACAUGACCCAUUCCAGGAGGGACAAAUUGCUCUGUUCCUGGACAUCUCUCUUUAUCUAAGAUUGCCCUCACCUGUGUUGAAACACCUUUGUGUUGAACACCCUGUUCGAAACGCAUAUUAUGAGGGAAGUCCAGGAACAGAGCAAUUUGUCCCUCCUGGAAGGGUCAUGUUGGGAGGUACUGUACAGGUUCUGUUGUUGCGGCAGUGACCUUUGUGCUGCCUGAUGGUUAUUAGGACACUGGAAUAGUGAUUAUAUUUGUAAUCUUGUUUUACAAGGAAAAGACAGCAAAUAUGAAUUACUUCCAGGGAAAACAGCGUGACUACUAUGAUACAGAUAGUUCUAGCAUUAAUGCCUAGUGCUCUAUCCGAAGGAAAGGGCAAACGCUGAGAUCAUAAUGGAAUAAUGAUGGAAAUGAAAGUCAUAGGAGACUGUGACAUACUUAUUAGAACAGUAAAAAUCUAAUUUACAUUAUUAAUAAUUUGCAAUGGCAAUCUGCUUUCUUUCCCUUUAUGCUGUAAUGUUCACAGCAACAAUCACAGCAUAUGUUCCCUUCUAUGACAUACUAUGCUGCAUAAAUUAUGUCUGCAGCCUCAUGUGAGUUAAGGCUACACUUCGUUGCCAUAUUGUGUAACAGUCACACCUCUAUGGGGUUUUUUUUAUGCAUGAAGACAGAAAAACCUGAUUAAUCUAGAACCUGAUUUCAUAUAGAAUGGAUAGAUUUCAAUGUUGUCGUUCAGUUUUGUGUUAACAAAAUAUCACGUAUUGUUCUUCCCCCAAAGUAGUAUUCUUUUUUUUAAAUCUUUUUAUAUGCAGUUUUGUUUUUUUAAAUCCAUGAAAUCUGACCAGUGUGUGCAAAAAGUUAUCUGCACUGUCUAAACUUUAUGUGUAGGCCGAUUUUAACUUUGCAGGUUUCUUUUACCAUGUACCAAUAAACUGGAAAUAUGACAUCACAAUUAAUGAAACAUCUUUGCCUGCAUAAAACCUGAUCUGGUGGUUUGAGAAUUUUUAAAUGAAUGAACUAGAGCGCUUGAAAAUUAUGUGAAUGUAACAAUGAGUGUAGUGGAAUGGCUAUGUUGUAGCCAAAUGAACAAUGUUACUUAGUGCAAUACCUGUGAAUAAAACUUUAGGUUAAAAACAAACAAAAAGGACGUUUGAGAAUUACAAAUACUGCAGAACCUAUAACCUGUAUAUGUGAUAAGUACCUUUGCAAUAUACUGUAAAUAACUUUUCAAGAAUAUUUUUGAAAAUGUAAACUGACUUGUGUCUCUAUUUAUGUAUCUAGUCCAAAAUAAAGACUCACGGUGCUUAGAA